AACAUUAGAUGGCGUUUCGUAUAGCAUUGGCAGCACUGCGUAGUUAAGAGCUCGAAAAAGCUACAAAUAAAUUUGGGUAGUGGCUUUACGAGCUUCCCGUAAUAUCGUAACCUUAAUAGUUCCCAUUUAGAUUAAAUCGUAUUUAAUAAUCGUUAUUAAUGAGUUAAUCGUGUCCUUUGCAGGGGUAUUAGCAGAUAUUUAUUGUUUAAACGCGAAUAAAGUGUCGAUAUUAUACGAAUCAGUAGUGUUUCAUUGCAGUGCCGGUUUGUUAUUGCAUCUACAUAGAAAGAAGAAGAUUAUUAGGCAAUGGGAAACAUUCACACUUGUGGUCCAAACGAAGCCCUCGUUGUAUCAGGAGGAUGUUGUGGAUCGAUGAAGAAGAGGACAAUUGUCGGCGGCUACGUUUUCACUUGGUGGUUCGUCACAGAUGUCCAACGAUUGUCCCUAGAAGUGAUGACAUUAAAUCCAGUCUGCGAGAACGUCGAGACUGCCCAAGGUGUACCAUUGACCGUCACUGGAGUGGCCCAAUGCAAAAUCAUGAAAGCCGACGAACUUUUGCAUACUGCCAGUGAACAAUUUCUCGGGAAAAGUGUCCAUGAAAUAAAAUCAACGAUAUUGUCCACUCUUGAAGGCCAUUUACGUGCAAUUUUAGGCACGCUUUCAGUUGAGGAGGUUUACAAAGAUCGUGAUCAAUUUGCUGCACUUGUAAGAGAAGUUGCAGCACCUGAUGUUGGCCGUAUGGGCAUAGAGAUUCUUUCAUUCACGAUAAAGGACGUUUACGAUGAUGUUCAAUAUUUGGCAUCACUCGGAAAAGCUCAAACAGCGGCAGUUAAACGUGAUGCAGAUGUUGGUGUCGCUGAGGCCAAUCGUGACGCUGGCAUACGCGAAGCCGAGUGCGAGAAAGCGGCGAUGGAUAUAAAGUACAACACCGACACAAAGAUCGAAGAUAACGCGAGGCUUUUCCAAUUGCAAAAAGCUAAUUUCGACCAGGAAGUCAACACUGCUAAAGCAGAAGCACAGCUCGCAUACGAAUUACAAGCCGCGAAGAUAAGGCAACGAAUACGAAACGAAGAGAUACAGAUAGAAAUCGUAGAGAGGCGUAAACAAAUCGAAGUAGAGGAACAAGAGGUACGCCGAAAAGAACACGAACUUCAAAGUACUGUGCGAUUACCAGCCGAGGCAGAACAUUAUAAAAUUGGAAGAGUGGCUGAAGGAAAAAGAACGCAAACGGUGAGCGCAGCGAAAGCCGAAGCCGAGAGGAUUCGAUUAAUUGGAGAAGCUGAGGCUCAAGCUUUGGAAGCCGUUGGAAUAUCGGAAGCUGAGCGUAUGCGAAUGAAAGCUGCAAUCUACAAGAAAUAUGGCGAAGCGGCGAUACUGAAUAUCGCUUUGAACGCUUUGCCAAAGAUCGCUGCCGAGGUUGCUGCACCUUUAGCAAGAACGGAAGAAAUAGUUCUGUUAGGUGGAAACGAUGCAACGAGCGGUGAAAUAGCUCGCUUAGUGGGUCAAGUACCUCCAGCGGUUCAAGCGUUGACAGGUGUCGAUCUAUCGAAGGUUUUAGGAAAAGUACCAGGGGCAAAGUAAGACUUCGUCCAUGAAACAAGAUCACACUGACCAGGCGAAUAAUUAAUUCGCUAGAAUUUCUUCACCUUGAAGCAAAAUCUAUACUGCCAGACUUCUCUGCUAAAUUUCAUUAUUUACCUACGAUAUUUCACUUUUUCCUGUUUCCCGAAUCACUCUACCUCACGUUCAAAUGGAACGAAAUCUAAUAGAAAGAGAAAGAAAGAAAGAAAGAAAAAAAGAGAAAGAGUAAAAUAUAAAAAGAGAAAGAAAAGUACAUUUCAAUUUAUGUUUUAUACAGAUUCGUUGAUAUUAAAAAUCAAUUUUAUUAUCGACAAAUGUAAUUGAUUUUUAGUGACAGUAAGCAUCCAACGCACAGUUAAAUACUUUUGUUCUCUUCUUCUUUUUCUUAUUUAUCUUAUUUUGUUCCAUUUUAUAUUAUUCCGGAUUGAAAACGUUUUGCAUUCCUCUUAUUACAUAGAAUCCGACACAUUCAAUCAUACUCGUAUAUCUCGCGUUUCUUCCUUUCGCAAACAAAGACAAAUCGAAUUGUUUUGUCAAUUUCAUACAAAAAAAUACGCACGUAUGUAAGUAUAUAACAAUUUAAGACUUAGACAAAUUUUCAGAAGUGCUCGAUCGAAAUUUGUAAACGUCGUUAAUAAUUUGUAGACGAUUCAACGACGAAACACUAAAAGAAAAAAACAUGCCAAAACGUGGCAUAUGAAAUAUAUCUAUUCUUAUUCGCCUUUGGAUAUUUAGUAAUUAAAAUUGACUAGCCAUUAAUAUUACGUAGGAAUCAAACGUAACGCCAUUAAGUUUACGAGUCUAUUGUGAUUGAAAUUUUCGAUCAUUGUGUUCAAUCUAUGGCUUAUGAAUAAAAUUAACCAAAAAUAAAGAGAAAGGAGAAAGAGAAAGUGUAGAAACGCGUAUGAGAUUAGGUCGGAACUUUUCUUAGACAUUUGUAUAUAUUUUAAUUAAUCGUAUGUAUGUAUGUAUGUAUAUACAUGCGUACAAAGUAAUUCAUUUAAAACAAAGAAUUGCAGAUACAAAAUAUAAAAUAAAUAUUUCUAAAACAUUAAUUAACGGACAAGAAUAAACAAAGAAUGGAGAGAAAAAAUAAAUAGAAAGAAAAAAAAAGAUAUAAGUAUAAUAACUUCAAUUUCUCAAUAAUUAUUAGAUUUCAGUCAUGUAAGUGAUUCUUAUCUCGUAAGAUACAUGACUUUAAAUGAAACACUGUGUACGAUAAUAUAAACUGAGGCUCUCCGUUUUCAAAAGAGGAGAUUCUUGUUCUAAAUCAUCGCGUUAUAAGAUCCAUUUGCAUACUCUUGAUAUUUUCUACGUAUCGGAACUAAAACGGUUUUUCAAAUGGAUAAUGUAUUAUUCCAAAUAGAAAAAGUAUGUUAAUCUGUAUGUAUAUACCAACUCUAAACAAGAAAAAGAUAAGACGGAAAGAUAAUAAGUAAUUCACUGAUCGAAAUUAAGAUCUGAUAUUUUUCACAAAAGAAGAUCUCAAGAAUACCAAAGAACAGAUCUUUCAAUUUUUGUCUCCUCCGAAUACAUCGUAUGUAAAUACAUCUCUGAAAGGGAAGUUGGGUGUCGUAUGAUUGUCAGCCAUGAAAAAGUCUUCCCAAAAUAAAAGAAACAGAAAAAAAAAAUAAAACAAAAAAUAGUGCGCGUUUGCUGCAGUACAAAAAAAAAAAAAAAGAAAAACAAAAAAUAAAUAAAUAAAAUAAAACAAUAGUGUCCUUUUCAAUGGCACUCGACGAACUUAACUAAUAAGCGAUCUUAUAUACGACCAAAAAAGACGAAAGGUCGUGAAUUCGUUGAAAAUAAUCAAAUUAUACACUUUCUUCGAAGAUUGUAGCAUGUAUCAAAGAAAAAAAAAAGAAAAGAUAAAAUAUUUUUCAGCGAACAAUUAGUGGCGGCCGUUCCGAUGCAUAGUAAAAUACGAGUUCUCAAUUUGCUUAAA